AGUCGAGACAAAACAUGAAGAUAUUGUAUAAAUAGAGGUCCCUUUCUUCUCCUGAAGACCACAGCAACACUUGGUUUUGGAGAGGGAGCUUGAUUAUUUUCUCAACAACUCUCACAUAUCCCUCACAGUCAAAAGAGGAAGGACAGUACAGGAGAGUUCCAAUAUAAUCAGCUGAACGAAGAGAGAAAAAGAGAAGACCUCAGCAUGUGGAAGCUGAAGAUAGCAGAAGGAGAGGAUGGCCCCUACUUGUACAGCACCAACAACUACGUGGGGAGGCAGACUUGGGAGUUCGACCCUGAGGCUGGCAACGCUGAGGAGCGUGCCGAGGUUGAGGCCACCUGCCAGCACUUCUACGACCACCGCCACCAAGUCAAGGCCUGUGGCGACCUCCUUUGGCGCAUGCAGUUUCUGAGGGAGAAGCAGUUCAGGCAGACGAUCUCGCCAGUGAGGGUGGAGGACGGCGAGGAGAUCACGUACGACAAAGCGUCCACCGCCCUGAGGAGGACUGUCCACUUCUUCUCCGCACUGCAGGCCAGUGAUGGCCACUGGCCUGCCGAGAUUGCCGGGCCUCUUUACUUCCUCCCUCCCCUAGUCAUGUGUGUCUACAUCACCGGCCACCUCAACGCCGUCUUCCCUGCCGAGCAUCGCAAAGAAAUUCUCCGCUACCUCUACAACCAUCAGAAUGGAGAUGGUGGGUGGGGCUUCCACAUUGAAGGUCACAGCACCAUGUUCUGCACGGCCCUGAGCUACAUAUGCAUGCGCAUUCUCGGGGAAGGGCCUGAUGGUGGCCAGGAUAAUGCUUGUACUCGGGCCAGGAAGUGGAUUCUUGACCGUGGUGGGGUCACCUACAUACCCUCCUGGGGCAAGACUUGGCUCUCGGUACUCUCUCACUCUUCCUUCAAUUUUCGGCCUUUUGAUUGGUCUGGAACCAACCCAAUGCCUCCUGAGUUCUGGAUCUUGCCUUCAUUCCUGCCCAUGCACCCAGCUAAGAUGUGGUGCUACUGUCGGAUGGUGUACAUGCCCAUGUCGUACUUGUAUGGGAAAAGAUUCGUCGGCCCCAUCACACCACUUGUUCAACAGUUGAGAGAAGAACUUCAUACUCAACCCUACGACACGAUUUGCUGGAGAAAAGUCUGCCAUCUUUGUGCCAAGGAGGAUCUCUACUAUCCCCAUCCCCUAGUACAGGAUCUGAUCUGGGAUAGUCUUUACAUAUUUGCAGAGCCUCUUCUUAACCGUUGGCCGUUUAAUAAACUUAGAGAAAAGGCUCUUCAGGUGACGAUGAAACACAUUCACUACGAAGAUGAGAACAGUCGAUAUAUCACGAUCGGAUGUGUAGAAAAGGUUUUAUGCAUGCUUGCUUGCUGGGUAGAAGACCCAGACAGUGAUUAUUUCAAGAAGCAUCUUGCUAGGAUACCGGAUUACCUCUGGGUUGCCGAAGAUGGAAUGAAGAUGCAGAGUUUUGGUUGCCAAGAGUGGGACACGGGCUUUGCCAUCCAAGCUUUGCUUGCCAGUAAUAUGACUGAGGAGAUAGCACCGGUAUUAGCUAGAGGACACGACUUCAUAAAAAAAUCUCAGGUCAAGGACAAUCCUUCUGGUGAUUUUCAAAGCAUGCACCGUCAUAUUACUAAAGGAUCCUGGACAUUUUCGGAUCAAGAUCACGGUUGGCAAGUCUCCGAUUGCACUGCAGAAGGUCUGAAGUGUUGCUUGCUUUUCUCAAUGAUGCCACCUGAAAUUGUUGGUGAGAAGAUGGAGCCAGAGAAAUUGUAUGACGCUGUCAACAUUUUGCUUUCUCUACAAAGUAAAAAUGGCGGAUUGCCAGCAUGGGAGCCUGCAGGAGCUCCAGCUUGGCUAGAACUACUAAAUCCGACAGAGUUCUUUGAGGACAUUGUCAUCGAGCAUGAAUAUGUUGAAUGCACGUCCUCAGCUAUCCAAGCUUUAGUUUUGUUCAGGAAGUUGUAUCCUGGGCACAGGAAGAAGGAGAUUGCAGAUUUUAUAUCAAAUUCCGUAAAGUAUCUGGAGAAUGUACAAAAGCCAGAUGGCUCGUGGUAUGGGUGCUGGGGAGUUUGUUUUACAUAUGGCUCAUGGUUUGCGCUUGGAGGACUGGCGGCUGCUGGUAAGACAUAUAGCAAUUGCACAGCGAUGCGCGAAGGAGUCGCUUUUCUUCUACGAACACAGUUGCAGGAUGGCGGGUGGGGAGAGAGCUAUCUUUCCUGCCCGAAGAAGGAAUAUGUACCGCUUGAAGGAAACAGAUCAAAUCUGGUGCAAACCGCUUGGGCUAUGAUGGGUCUGAUUCACGCGGGGCAGGCAGAGAGGGAUCCGACUCCCCUGCACCAUGCCGCAAAGCUGCUAAUCAAUUCUCAAAUGGAAGACGGUGAUUAUCCUCAACAGGAAAUCACUGGGGUUUUCAACAAGAACUGCAUGUUGCACUAUCCCAAUUACAGGAACAUUUACCCAUUAUGGGCUCUCGCAGAGUAUUGUAGGCGGGUUCCCUCACCGUCAACAGCCCUUUGAAGGAACAAGGCAUACCAUCACAGCUUGCAAAUUGAGAAAACAUGGAUUUCACAGGAACAUAAAUAAAAAUUAAUGUAUUUGGUUUUUCUAGUAUUAUAAAUGUAGAUCCGAAGGACUUGCGGUCCUAGAAUAGAGGAUUGUCACAACCCCAACUCUACAAGUGCAAGGGCAAUGACAUGGCCAUCCUUUCACUCAAAAAACGCUACCUUAAGCAUAAUUACCAUCAACCUAUUAUCGAAAUAUACAUCCAUAUGUAUGAUUAAGAGU